AUGGCCUUCAACCUGCGCAACCAACCCGGCAUCGACAUCAUCACACCCAUCGAUUCGCCAAACCCUCGCGAGCAUGUUGGAUGGAGCUUUCCAGACUCGGAAGAUGGUAUCCUUGCAGCUUUGCAGAAAGGGGCCACACACCUUUUCGCCAACACGGUCGUCUUUGCCAGUCACCCCCUCCAAACAUCAGCAAGAGUCGGAGAAUACCAGGAUAAAGUCAAGGUUGUUGGGCAUCCUCCAUGCAUGGUCGAGCUGUAUGACGACAAGCAUUAUGUCAAUGACAUGUUGCGCAAGUCUGGCAAGUUCACUCUGCCUCGUGGUUGGCUAGUCGAGGACGAGGGCUCAGCUCUUGAUGUAAAGCUGAACUCACUCGACCUGCGCUUCCCUGUUGUUGGAAAGCCAGUCAGAGGCCGCGGCAGUCACGGCGUAAAGAUCUGUCACGACCAAGAGGAAUUGCGUGAACAUGUGCAGUCUUUGUUCAACGAGUCGCCAGCCGUCAUCCUCGAAGACUAUCUCGCUGGCGAAGAAGCAACUGUCACAAUCAUGCCGCCUUCAGACGACUACCCCUACCACCGCGCCCUCCCUAUCGUCAUGCGCUCUGGCCAUACCAAUGGUGUAGUGCCCUACAACGGUACUGUCCCCGUCACCGCAAACUCCCGCGCCGUGACGGCCGCGGAGUAUGCAAAAGAUCCUACAUACUCAGCCAUCGCAACCGAAUGCGAGCAAGUCGCCAAAAGGCUGGGAGUCACUGCUCUCAUGCGCAUCGAUGUCCGUCGCUUCACCCAAGAGCCUGGAUCAAAAUUUGCUCUUUUCGAUGUAAAUCCCAAGCCGAAUAUGACGGGAUCUGGACGACCCGGCAGAGAGAAUCAGGCUAGUUUGAGUGCUAUUGCUGCCGCUGAGGUGGGAUGGGACUAUCAAAAGCUGUUAGCAGAGAUGUUGGGUAGUGCUCAGCCCCUGCGUCGUCUGAGAGAGAUGCGACCGGGCACCGUGUAA